CCGGCAGUCACCGGCUGCACAGUCUGGGCAGCGUUGGGCGCUGUGGCGGCAGGCCCCUCUGACAGAGUCACAGCCAAGCACGUGCUUACUGCCCGGAGGGAGAACGAACCAUCUAUAAGCCCCUCUUUAGUACCGGGAAUUGAACUCACGACCUUGAGCUUGCCAGGCAGGUGCUGUGCCGCUGAGCUCCUUUACACAUGCAGGGCAACGCCAGAAGAACGGGCGCCAUGACCGACGUGCACCGGCGCUUCCUGCAGCUGCUGAUGACUCACGGUGUGCUGGAGGAGCGGGACGUCAAGCGCCUGCAGAACCACUGCUACAAGGUUCACGACUACAGUGCUCCAGUAGACAAGCUGGAGGACUUCAUCAAUAACAUUAACAGCGUCUUGGAGUCCUUGUACAUCGAGAUUAAGAAGGGCGUCACCGAAGAUGACGGGAGACCCAUUUAUGCGCUGGUGAAUCUUGCUACAACUGCAGUUUCCAAAAUGGCCACGGAUUUUGCAGAGAAUGAGCUGGAUCUCUUCAGAAAGGCUCUGGAGCUGAUUGUUGACUCAGAAACUGGCUUUGCAUCUUCCACAAACAUUUUGAAUCUGGUCGAUCAACUGAAGGGCAAGAAGAUGAAGAAGAAGGAAGCUGAGCAGGUGCUGCAGAAGUUCGUGCAGAGCAAGUGGCUGAUCGAGAAGGAAGGCGAGUUCACACUGCACGGCCGGGCCAUCCUGGAGAUGGAGCAGUACAUCCGGGAGACGUACCCCGAUGCCGUGAAGGUCUGCAACAUCUGCCACGGCCUCCUCAUCCAGGGUCAAAGCUGUGAAACGUGUGGCAUCAGAAUGCACUUGCCCUGCGUGGCCAAGUACUUCCAGUCCAUCCCCGAGCCGCACUGCCCCCACUGCAACGACUACUGGCCCCACGAGAUUCCAGAAGUCUUCGACCCCGAGAAGGAGCGGGAAGCUGCUGUCUCCAAGCCCAGCCGAAGGUCCCUGCGGUCCCGGCAGCAUUAGCAGCGUCCUGCAGGAGGGCGGCCCCUCCGGAGCCCUUGCGGGCAGGGGGUGCCACGCGGCACACGCACACACACGCACACACACACACACACACACACACACACACACACACACACGCUGCGCCCCCGCCCCGCCUGUGCUCCCUGUAGGCAGGUCUGGAAUAAAGGCAUGCUGAGCGCUUG